UAGAUAUGAAGGAUCUUGAAGUGAAAAUCAGGGACGCUAUCGUAGAAGGGCAACCACGCACCCACAGGCCAUGGAAAAAAAUUAUUAUUAUUGUGGAAGGAAUCUACAGUAUGGAAGGCACAAUCGUCAAUCUUCCUGCAUUAAUUUCCCUCAAAAAGAAAUACCGUUGUUACUUGUAUGUAGAUGAGGCUCACAGCAUUGGUGCAAUUGGUGCAAGAGGAGGCGGAGUUACAGAUUAUUUUGGAUGUGAUCCUAAAGACAUUGAUUUGCUUAUGGGAACUUUUACAAAAAGUUUUGCAGCUGCUGGUGGCUAUAUCGGUGGAUCUAAGAAAUUAAUUAGUCAUUUGAGAAUGAAUUGCCAUAGCUUUAUGUGUGCAACCAGUAUGUCUGCUCCUAUUGUCGAACAGAUUUUAAUGGCUAUGCAAAUCAUAAUGGGUAAAGAUGGAACUGAUGAUGGAAUAAAGAGAAUUCAGCAACUCAGAAGGAAUACACAUUAUUUUCGUAAAAAAUUAAAGCAGAAAGGAUUUAUUAUUUAUGGUAAUGAAGAUUCUCCUAUUGUACCUCUGAUGCUGUAUUUCCCAUCAAAAAUAGCGGAGUUUAUUCGGCAGUUACUGAAAGGGGGAAUAGCCACUGUUGGUGUUGGGUUUCCUGCAACAACUUUGACAACAGCUCGAGCGAGGUUUUGUAUUUCAGCAAGUCAUACAAAGGAAAUGCUAGACAAAGCAUUAGAUGUCGUUGAAACGGCUGGACGUCUAAUCAUGGUUAACUAUUCAAAAAAACGAAGAUCUCAGGAAGAAGUGAUCUACUAGUCAAAACAAAAAUUUCCAUCUAAACCAAGUGCCUUGGUGUGCCGCAAGUGUUCCAUAAAAGAUCUAUAUGAAGAUAGUGAUGUUUCAUACAUUCCUUCAGCUCUGCUGCUCGCAGAAUUAACUCUGCUCUUGUAAUGACCAAUGCCAUUCAUUACCUUAUUCUUCAUUCCAGUAUACAGGUUGAAGAAAACACUGCAUUAUUGCUAAUGUACAGAUGACCUUUGAGCAAUAUGAGAUAGGUAGGCAGAUUAAAUUACCAUGUGGUUAGAAAUCUGCUUAUGGCUUCAUAACAACUUAAUUUCUAAUGAUCAGUUAUUGAUCAGAAGCUUUAUUGAUGGUGUAAACCAGUGGUGCCGAAUGUUUUGAGCUCAGCAUGUCGAAAUUCAGAAAAACUGUAGCUUAACUCUGGUGCCAUAUUGCAUAUAAAUAUUCAUAGUUUUUUUUUUUUUUUUUUUUAAGAUUUGCAGGCCUAGCUAAAAAAAGGGGGUUAUAUUUCUGAUACCUUUUUUAUUUUUGAUAUUAUUACAUUGAAGGGAAAAAGUAAUAAAAGCAGUGGUAGCCAGAUGGUUUGAAAAUACAAAACACAUGGGCAGUCCGUAGAAAAAUAAAUAGGCAGAUAUAUUCUCUUUUGUUUAUCUUAUCUAUUUUUUAAUGCUGAGAACUAAGUCUUACAAAAAUCUGUUAAUGGAAAAAUUGUUAGCAAAGUCAUCACUACUAUUAUGCAGCUAAAAGUGUUCAACAAUCUGUUCUAAGCACUAAUGAAUGCAUUGAUUGAGUGCAUCCUUCUGCCAAGAAUGCACUGGAAUGUACCAUACGUAAACGCAGCAUGUGUUGACAGUCACGAGGCCACUGCAAGAGACAAAUCAUUUUUGUGUCUGCUGAUGGCUCAAGAAAUGCAUUAUGCGUGUUACCGAAAAUGGGAUUCCAUGUCGUAGGCUCACUAUCACUAGCAUGAACAGUUGAUUUACAUGCAGUUUAUAUGCUGUAUGUGUUAAAUAUAUAUUCUUAUUUUAAAUUAUUCUAAAUUAAAAUAUAUAUAUAUACAUUUGAAAAAAAGGUAUGGACAAGAUAAGCCACAGAGUUCAAACUUGCAUUGCUCAGAGGUCAACUGUAUGCUUUCAUUGCUGUAUGGAAGUUAAUUCAUGUUACAAAAUUAUUGCUUAAUUAGGUUCUGUCAAAGUAAAAUGUCAUUGCUUUAGCUCAAAGUGUGAAGUUGAUGCUUUACAGUGGGUUCUGCUUAUUGGAAUAAACUUAAGGAAAUUUGACUAACAUUUUCGCAAUAGUCACCUCAGUUACUGAACCUUUGUCUUGGGAUGGCACACUAACAGGAUGCUCUGUUUUGUGGGGAGGGUAAUUUGCACUAAGCCUAACAUUGGAAAAUAAUUUCCAUAAAUUAAAUUUGUGGCUCAAUUGUUCUAGUGCUAAAAAAUGAUACUGAAAAUAUUCAGCUUAGCCUUUAGCUAAACUCUAAGAGGACUGAAUAAAGCUUGUAAAACAAUAGAAUGUAUAUCUUCAAAAAUUCAAACAAAAAUAUUCAAGCAUCAAGAACACCACCAUUUGUUUAUAUCAGCUUGUAAACUUCAUAGCCAGUGUUUAUUUACAUUACUCAUCCGCACAGUUUUCACUUUUAUUCCAAAAAACACUGCAAUCGAAUGCAGGUCAACAUUCUCCAGUCUAAAUAAAAUCCACCAUAAUAGAUACAGGACCGUAUCUAGUGGCAACAAAAAUACUGUAAUUAAAUGUUCUAUGUAAAAUUUCACAUGUAGUGCACCUUUUGUCAGAGUUAGUUUAAACGGCAUUUCAUAUAUGACACAACUGUCUUUGAGAUAAAGUUGCCGGUUGAUGCCUAUGUGGCACACCCAUUCCAAAAGGGUUAAGUUUGAAUACAUGUAAUUCUAUGUACUAGUCAUGCUAGUGCUUUCAUUCAAAUUAUUUUGCCUUUGUGGUUCUACAGUUAACUUUAAAGCAGCUAAAAAUUCAAUUUUGAGACUAUACACUGUAAUGCUACCAAAAUUCACAUUAGCUAACUACUCAUAUUUUUCACAUGUUCUGGCAAAAUAUUUUUUUAAUGAAAUGGAUACAUAUAAUGCAGCAAUUUGUCUGGAUUUUUCUUGUAUUUUAUUUACUUUACUAUAAAUAAAUAAGCAGUUUUACUUACAUUUAAAAAUUCACUGCAAAAAUUACCAAACAAUUCAUACUGAUGCUGAAACGUAUUAAAUUUAUAAACAGAAAGAACGCAUAUUGUAAAAACAUAUAUUGUAAAGCAGAAGAUGUAUUGUAAAAACAAGUUUAGUAAACAAGUUUAGUAUGAUUUGCAAACUAAUAAAAUGUUAGCAAUUUUCUCACAGUAAUGAGAUUUUAAUUUGCAGUAUCAGGUAUAUUUAGUGCAGUGUGCUAUCUUUUUAAUGUUUUUAUAAUUAUCUGUUAGUCAGAAUUGCAGAAUAAAGUCAUACAUUUUCGUACACAAAUUUAAAAUUAUAGUAAAUAAUAUGUUAUAUCUAAUUUUUAAAAUUAGUGUAAAAAUAGACUGAUGCUGAAAUGUAUUAAAUUUAUAAUCAGAAAGAACACAUAUUGUAAAAACAUAUAUUGUAAAGCAGAUGUAUUGUAAAAAGAAGUUUAGUAUGAUUUGCAAAAACAAGUUUAGUAUGUUUUUUGCUUCAUUUAUCAUAUUUGUGUGAUGUAUGUGGCUAAAAAUUCUGAAUUUAUUUAUGUAAUGCUUUCGUCUACUUAGCUCUCAUUAGAAAUAUAAAAUAAUUCGUAAAAUUAAACUGAACUGCACAAGUGACUAUUUAACAGCAUGCAGUACAGCAUUUAUUGAUGAUUACCAAAAGCCAGCUGAAUUAUCUAUAUCAUGAAUGAAGUCAAACAUGACCUCGCAGUUUAAUUAUGUACAAUAAAUAUUAUUGUCAUGAAUUGGAAGUCUUAAAAUAGUCUUAGAACUUAAAACUACAGAAUUAAGUAAAAGGCUUUUCACAUUUCCCCUUCCCUGAAAUUUGAAGUUUUCCCCUGGUUCAGGACCCCUCUUUAGAGCUAUCUAGUGUUGAAAUAAUGAACACUAAAACAAUUUUAUUUUGCACAGAGAAAGAGUGAGAUUGGUAUUAAAAUCGGGGGGGGGGGGAAUCUUCUCCUGUGAUUCUUCACGUGAACCAUAGUAGGAAGCGAGCUUGAUAUCCCGUUCAAAUUGUGAGAGCUGAUUGUAGAGGGUUAAAAGUAUGUUUUUAUGCAAUGACUUUGUAUGUUUAUAAGAAUAUACCAUAAUUCAUUAUUGUGUAUAUCCCUAUCCUUUAAGAGGUGGCUUUUAUGCGAUUAUAGGAAUUUUUCCUUCAAUUGAAAGCUAUGCGACCCAAUUCUUCCAAAUAACUCAUUCCUGUAUUAACUUCCAUCCAAGAACUUCCAAAGCAUUUUUCAUAGCUUUAGAGUAAAAUACAGGUUAUGAGUGAGCAUUCAUCUUUUUUGAGUAUUGAUAUUUUUGUUACAUAACGUAUCAGUCAUCAGCAUAUUUGUGUUCAACCAUAGUUGGAGGUCCAUUAUAGUUAGUGAUGUUUGUACAAUUGGCAGUGCUUUAAUGUGAUUGCAGUUAAUAUUAUCAUUCGAACAUUGUUAUUGAAUUGCCAAUGUCUCGUUUAUUUGAAUAGGGAAGUAUAAAAAUGCAUUGUUAAUUGUGAUCAACAAUUCAGUUAAUGUUAUCAAAAUAUUGCAGAAUGAAUUUUUAAACUGACGUGAAAUCACCAGAAAGGAUCAAAGUAGAGUAAAAAUUUCAUGAAUUACACAUAUCGCCAAACAACUUGGAUUUAAGAUUGUCACGUCCAAAGGAGCCCAUUUUGCAAGUUUUCGGAAGAUCAACCAGGUUAAUCAGAAUUAUUGAAUAAUAAAGCAGAAUUCUAUAUAACAUUGUUUUUGUUAUGCCAAAAUAUCUGAAAAAAAUUUAAUUUGAAACAUGAAUGAGAAAAGAUAGCUGAUACUCAUUUUCUGAAACAAAUCCGAAAACAUCGUGCGAUAAACUUUUUGAAUAAAAAAAUGAUGAAAUUCGUGAAUUUCAUAGAAAUUGCUGAGAAGAGAGCUGCUAUAUGAAUAUUAAUUACAUUUGUAUUUAGUUAAAUUCUGUUGAUCUUUUGAAGGAUAUUUUCCUCAUCGGUUGAUGUUAUCAAAAUAAUCUUGGGUGAAUGUUAGGACAUAAAGUGGUGCCUAAUGCAUAUUUAAAAAAUUUUCUAUUUUGGUAAUAACUUUCAAGAAGAUCGAUAAGAUUCUUCUUAGUAGCAAAGUGAGGGUAAGGAUAAAUAAAUAAAAAAGGUACUGUUAUUCUUCUGAAUAAUUUCCAGGAACAAAAAAUAAAUAAAUGUUUUUUUUUUUUUUUUUUUUUUUUUUUUUUUUGUUUGUUUGUUGUUUGUUUGUUUGUUUGUUAAGUAAAUAAAAAAUAAAGAAAGAAUUACUAUUCUUUUGAAUAAUUUCUCAUCCAAAUUGUUGUAAAAUGUAAAUUUAGUUCUUGUUUUGAUUCAUUAAAGCAGCUUAUUUAAACGUGAUUCUUUCAUAAGCAAAGCCCAUUGUUUUACUAAAAAGAAAUCGUGCUAUUUUAUUCAAAGUGUUUAAUUAUUUUAUGUCGCUGUUUACAAAUGUUAUAUGCUUUUUACAGCCAUCUUGUAUAAAAACUCUUCAUUUGCCUUUUAUGAUAAUUAUAUAAUGUGUAUAGCAAGAACCUAAAAUUUUCUCAGUAAAAGCUUUGCAAAUAUAAAAUUACUACACCAUUGUCACGCUAUAGAAUAUGUGUAACAUUAAUAUAUGCACUUGCAAAUGUUCACUUAAAUAUAUCUAUGUAUAUGUAGGCACUACAUUUAUAAGUCUUCUAUCAGGGGUGAUUGUAGUAUGAAUAAAGCCAGAAUUCUGUAUUUUUUACUUUCUCAAAUCCAGAAUUUCUGCAUUUGUGAAAUGCAGAUUCUUUAUCUUUCUCAAAUUUAGCUUUAAAACAAAUAUAUCAUUCAGUCACUGUGAAAAUUAAAAAUUUUAGAUUAUAAAAACUGUAUAAUAUUUUUAGACUAUAUGACUCGUAGAUUGAAUAAAGGUCACUGAGAAGUCAAAUUUCUUAUUCAAGAAAACUCAAGUUCUUUAAGAAAUUUGUUUUGUACAUAAAUGUGUGUGUUAAGUUAGAAAAAAAUAAAUCUUUGAAAUUUAA